AUGGGCGUGUCUCCAUUUCAUUCAUUAUUUUGGCUGUCUCGGUGGGGAACGGCUGCUCGAAUUGGGCUCUCCGGUCUGCCCGGGACUGGUCACGUUUCUGUGUGGAAGGAUGGUCGUCUUCCAUCUUUUUCCCUGUUUUUCGACUGUUUCGCAAAUCGUACGUAGUAGUUCUUCUCUUUGGUUUGUUUCGAAUAUUUUCUGCUUCUUUUUUUUCUCUGGAACAGCAUAAUCCAAAAUCAAAAUUCCUUCUCUGAAACUUUGAAAAAUUCCGUUUUUUGUGCUCUUCCUUGUUUUGAACUUCAAAAAAUCAGGAAAAAUUUCUAAAUAAUUUCGGAACUCAAAAAAUGACAAUUUUUCAUUUGGCCCAUUCAUUUCUGUUUUCCGAAUCUUCUUAUCUCAAAAAUUUUCGCGUUCACUAAAUUUCUUUAUUGUCGAUUUUCGCUGCCUAGUCAAAAAGUUUUCGCAUUUACUUUCAAAGUUUUUCUAUGCUUUUUUUCAAUUCGAUCAAUCUGGAACUUUUUCUCGUUGUUCACUGGGAAUAUUCAAGCUAGAAAUUUUAACUUCGGAGUAAUUUAUCUUUUCGAGUUUUCUCUAUCUCCCAGUUCAUUAUUCCGGUGAUUUUUUUAUUGUUGUCAUCGUUCUGAAUCAUAGCUGAGCCGAAUGGAAACGGAACAGUGAAUGUUUCAGAACAUUCCAAAAGACGCAAGAGACAAAAUUCGUAACCUCGCGCCAAAAUUUUUGAAUUCUGAAACUUAAUUAGGUCGAUUAGAACAGUUAUUUUGAUAAAAUUCAGAAAAAAAGUGUUCUUUUUUUGAUUUAUGAAAAAAAUAUACUCAAAGUAGGAUAUUUCAAUUUUUUUGUAGAAAAAAAGAUUUUUUUCGCGGUUUCAAGUUUUUUUCUGGCGAUAUCAAACUCAAAACGAAACAUUUGAAAGGCUUGUCAGAGGGUGACCUCUGAGAAUGGCGCCUCCGACCGUUGGCGCGAAAAAAAGUCCGUCGGCGGAUGUGGCACACCAUCGACCAUUCAAACGGUACCCUCUGCAAAGUCGUCAUUUGUGCUUCUGUCCUUUUUCCUUGCUGAGUUCCUUUUUAAACCUUGUGACUUUCUUUUUGAAAAAUCCGCUUCCUUUUUUUCUCCUUUUUUUUUCGUUUUUUUACUCAUGGACGUUCGCCUUAGGUUGGAGCAGGACUGCCCAUCACUGCUAAUUCUUUUUCAGAAAUUUCAGUAAAUAAGCAUUAAAAGUCUGCAUAUUCAGAUACAAUCAUGGCCGUGCAUAGGAAGGACGUCUUAAAACUGCUUGAAUCACUCCAACAAAAAGAAAAGGAAAUGGAAAACGUCCGAAGCGAGAUGUCGGUGCUCCAAGGACGUCUCGACGUCUGUUCUGCGAAUUUGGCAACUCUGGAAGAAGAAGUUGCUUGGGUCAAUGCCACCUUCGAAAAAUGGUUCCAAGUGAGUUCAAGUUUAGAGUUUUUUCCUUUUUCCUGUGAUUUAUCAGAAAACAAAAUUAGUCGAACCAUUGAUCUGCAAACAAUUUUCUCUGAUUUCAGAAUGAUAGUCUCUUCGAGGAACUCCUGGAGAUGAUCAAAAAGAUCAACCCUGAGAAGGAAGAGGGAAACAUGCCGGCCGAAGCAAAGAAUAGUCCCGGCGAAACCAAAAAGGACAGAUUCUUCAAAGUUUCAGAACAAGAGGUUUGAAAACUGAGCAGCUUUCAAAAAAUUAAACACGUCUUGAAGUUAAAACUGAUGACGAAUGUGGCGACUUUUCUAUUAGAAAGAACAAACGAUUGACUUGAACUGAAUUUUAAUCAAAUAAUCAAACUUUCGGGAUUUUUUUUUGUUUAGUUGAUUUUUGAUUAUGAGCAACUAAUAAUACUUUUUUAUGCUCACAUUGUUCAUUUGAAAACUUUGAUAGAGUUUUUUUUAUUUAAGAAUUAGUUCAGCACAAAAACCCAUCUUUAUCAGGAACUAAUAAUUUAAUAGACGAGAACGUAACUAUCAGUACCAGUGGGACUCCUAAGAAAGGUACAAAAAUUAAACGAGAUUGAGUCGAUUGUCAAAUCAAUUCCAACAUCGACCAAUAGAUUAUUAUUCAAAAAUUUAUUAUUGAAAAUGUGCGAAAAAUAAAUUACAAAUAUCGUUCAGAAAAUUCAAAUGAGAUGUGUGGAAGAUGAUAAAAAAACAACUCAUACUCUCAAAAGAUUUUGAUAGUCUUAUUUUUGAAAAAUGAAAAAAAUAGCAAUCUUUCUGUUUCUAGGCGCCUGUCGAAGCAAAAGAACAUGAAGAAAAAUCUCCCAAGGACAGAAAGAAGAAAUCGGUGACCCUAGUUGAACCAGAAACGGUUCAGAAAAAGGACGGCAACAAAUCAAAGGUAAAAAAAGAAAAAUUACUUUAACUAAGUAAUAUUGUGUCAACUUUCACCUUGCACAAAUAUCUUCUUGUACUAAAACUUACAGAAACUGAAUUUCUUCUCUUCGUUAACCUACGAAAAGCUACUUUUGUCUUCGCAUGAUUAAUUCGGGUUUACGGCUGUGAAUGAAAGCUGAAUGACGUGAAAAAAAGAGAAUUUUUUUACUUUCUAUUCAGGUUCAUAUGAAAUAUGUGAUUAAGGUAUUUAUUCCCGAUGAGGGUUUUUUUAACAACCUAAACUGAUAAUAGAUUUCUGUUCAAUAAAAAAAUUCGUAAGUUACAGAAUGUUUCGGUCAGUCAUUCGCGUCGGAGCGCCUACGACGUCGAUUCUGACGGCGAAUUUACCUCUGACGACCCUUGGUAA